CCGACACGGCGGGGGAGGGGAGCGGCGGUGGCGCAAGCGGCGCGGAGCGGCGCUGCCCGGGUCCACGGCUUCGUGCCUGCGUGCUCCCGACCGGGCCGGCUGAACCCGCGGGCUCGGACGAGUCCAUGGUGCGGAACUUAGCGGCGGACUGACUGACGGGAGACCUGGCCUCCUGCGCUGGCGCGGCCGCCGGAGCGACGCCUGGACCUCGGCCUGAGGAGACUCCUUCACAAAGAGAGAUGAAGAAGAAAUCUUUGUAUAACCAGAAUGUGGGUGAUCAGGAGUGUGAAGAUAUGGAAGAUGAAGAAAACAGAAAUAAUGCUGGUACCUCUGGCCUUUUGUACAGUGGAGCGGACAGAUGUCCAAUAUGUCUUAGUUGCUUGUUAGGAAAGGAAGUUGGUUUUCCAGAAAGUUGUAAUCAUGUCUUCUGUCUGACCUGUAUUCUUAAGUGGGCAGAGAUAUUGGCUUCUUGUCCAAUCGACCGGAAACCUUUUCAGGCCGUGUUUGAACUUAGUGCAUUUGAAGGUUGUGCUAAGAUUCAAGUAAAAAGAGAGUUGAGAGAAAUAAAAGACAAGGAAAGUGAAAGGUCUUUUAAGAAACAACUCUCCUAUCAUGAAAGUUCCAAAAGCGAUAAAAGAAAAAGGAUCCUCAUUCGAGAAGAUCUAUUGUGUGAAAAAUUUCAUGACUUCAAGGUGUUGUAUAGAAACUUUUCAAACAAUAAAAUGAGGGAAAAGAAAAAUGCCACAGUAAAGACAAAGAAGGUUCGAAGAUCAAAUCAGUGUACAGAUCCUUGUAUGGGAAAUUAUAUGUCCAGUUUGUCUUCCUGUGGCAGCCCCAGUGUGGGGCCUCAGACCCACAGAGCUUCCUGUACAGAAUCUGUAGAAGUCAGUGAAAUCAGUGCAUUGAUUAGGCAAAAACGACAGGAAUUGCAGUUGUCAUGGUUUCCUAAUACAUUACCUGGAAUUGGAAGAGUUGGUUUUGUACCUUGGAGUGUUGAGACAGAAGUCCUUCCUCUGAUUGCCUCUGUGUUGCCAAGGACUAUUUUACCAGCAAGUACCAUGUCAUUAGAAAAUUUUGGUACUUUUCAUAAAGGAUAUGCAUUAGCACAUGCCCAAGGAGGAGGAGAAAAAAAGCAAACUUCUGGCACAUCAAAUACCAGAGGAUCAAGACGAAAACCUGCAACAACUGUUCCUACAAGGAGGUCCACACGAAACACAAGAGCUGAGACAGUCAGUCAGCCCCAGAAGUCCCCAGUGUCAAAUAAUUCUGAGUGUGAUGCCCCAGGGAAUAGUAAUUCUUCUGUAAGUAUUUCCCCUCCAGGUGAGUCAGAAAAACAAACAAGACAGGCUCCAAAACGGAAAUCUAUAAGACGAGGAAGAAAACCACCUUCAUUGAAAAAGAAACUUCGUAAAUCUGUAACUCCCCCUGAAAAAACAACAUCUAGUGAUUCAGUAGAGGAAGAAACCGCCGACUCUGACACACCACCCAUGUUGGAAAAAGAGCAACAGUCAGGUGUAGAAAGUAGUAGUAUUUCUUCUGUUCAAACAGAUGGAGAAAAUCAUUUGGUUAAUUGCUUGAAAAGUUGCAGUGAACAGACAGAAGAAAAUGAACAACCUAAGAAUCAUGAGAUAGAAGAAGUGGAGUUUUCAUAUUCUGAGUCUUGUACUCAGGAUCCUCCUGUGCUUGUUGGAGAAGAUCCAGGUAUGGAGGCUAAGGAGUUAUGUGUAGACCAUGAACUUUCUACAGAUACUUCUGCAAAAGGAAGUCAUCCACUAGAAAAAGAGCAGGCAUCUGGAAGUUCAGAGUCAGAGGUUCAGGCACUUGUGUGCACAGAGAGCCCUCCUGAUGAUUUUCUUACAUGUCCAACUUCUGAUAAUGAAGGACCUCAGCCAGUGUCCAGUCCCCUGGGUGAAGUGUCUGCAAAUACAGGGUCCACAGUUAAUGAUGAAAAAAUAGAAGAGAGUCUUACAGUGGAAAGUACUGAUUUGAAAGAUUCUUCAGUAAAUGCAGACGGAUUUGUAGCGAGCCCCAAAUUAGAAACUUCUGAGGGUGAAAUCACACAGACAUUGGACAGGCACCCUGUUGCCAGCUCAGAUACUGAGUUGCCUGAGCAUGUUCAAACUGAAACUGCAGAAGUAAUUCCAACAUGUGACACUUCAGAAAAUGAAAGUUCCGGUGCUAUUCAAGAUUGUGAAAAUAAUUCAUUAAAGCAUGAUCUUGAUAACACCCAACUGGACAAAUCUUCAGAAGAAAGGACUGAAUCUCUGAUUGAACUUCCCCUGGCUAUAGAGUUGUCUAACACCGAGCCUGAACCGAGUGAGAAACGUUUUAGUGAAGAUAACAAUGAAACAGUACCUAUGGAGUGUGACUCAUUUUGUAGUGACCAGAAUGAGUCUGAAGUGGACUCCUCUGUAAAGACUGACUCCAAACAACUGGGUGAAGAUGCUGUGGCGCACAGUUCUGAGAACAAUUCAUCUUCUGAUUCUGCUGCUGAGAAGACUGAAGCUGAGGCUCAGCCAGCUGAAGGUCUAGUGGAUAAAGCCCCAAAGCCUCGCACUCGAAGAUCUAGAUUUCAUUCUCCAUCUACAACUUGGUCUCCUAACAAAGAUACUGCACAAGAAAAGCGGCGGACUCAGUCUCCAUCUCCAAAAAGAGAGACUGCAAUAGAAAGUAAGAGUUCUCAGUCACCGUCGCCUAAGAGAGAGUCUGGCAGAGGACGAAGAAAGUCUCGUUCUCUCUCACCUAAAAAAGAUGUGGCGAGAGAAAGGAGGCAGUCUCGGUCUCCAAAGAGAGAGAAUGCUAGGGAAGCCAAAAAGUCGGAGUCGGUGUCUCCAAGAAGAGAUGCUCCUAGAGAGAGCCAGAGAUCUCAAUCCAGAGUGAAAGAUUCUUCCUCGAGAGAACAGUCCAGGUCCCGGAGCAGAGAGCGAGACAGUGAUAGAGAUGGGCAGAGGAGAGACCGGGAACGAGAGAGGCGAGCCAGACGGUGGUCAAGGUCCAGAUCUCGCUCUCGCUCACCUUCAAGAUCGAGAACCAAAAGUAAGAGCUCAUCGUCUGGUAGAAAUGAAAGAGAUAGUUACUCUCCUCGGUGGAAGGAACGGUGGACAAACGAUGGUUGGAGGUGUCCCCGAGGAAAUGACCGCUACCGAAGGAACGACUCAGAGAAACAGAAUGAAAACACAAGAAAAGAAAAAAAUGGCAUCGUUACAGAUACUAGCGACCCACAAGCCACAGAGAGGCACAGAAGUGACUGUCCCAGCUGGGCAACAGAGAAAAUAAACUCGGGGCCAGAUCCAAGGACCAGAAAUCCUGAAAAGUUAAAAGAUUCCCACUGGGAAGAAAGUAGAAACGAAAAUUCAGGAAAUUCUUGGAAUAAAAACUUUGGCCCGGGCUGGAUGUCCAACCGUGGUCGAGGUGGCCGAGGGAAAGGCAGUUAUAGAGGUAACUUUGCCUACAGUGACCAGAGCGAGAACAGGUGGCAGAGCCGUACACCCCUGUCAGGGAGUGACUCCUUCAAGUCUGCGGAGCAGCAGCCCUCUAAGCGGAAAAAUGAACAAGAUCUCUCUUUCGGUACACCUGCAGACAGGUCAGGGUGGACUUCUGCGUCUAGUUGGGCGGUAAGAAAGACUCUGCCAGCAGAUGUGCAGAACUAUUACUCUCGGCGCGGGAGGAAUUCUUCAGGGCCACAGUCCGGGUGGAUGAGACAAGAGGAAGAAACACUUGAACAGGAUUCUAACCUAAAAGACCAAACAAACCAAGUUGAUGGUUCUCAGAUACCUAUAAAUAUGAUGCAGCCACACAUGAACGUGAUGCAGCCCCCAAUGAACGCUCAGCCUCAGCCCAUGGGUAUCUUCCCGUACCCAGUGGGUGUUCAUGCCCCUCUGAUGAAUAUGCAGCGUAACCCAUUCACCAUGCACCCUCAGCUGCCCCUGCACCUCCACACAGGAGUGCCUCUCAUGCAGGUAGCUGCCCCUGCCAGUGUACCUCAGGGACCACCCCCACCACCCCCUCCCCCACCAUCUCAGCAGGUCAGCUACGUCUCUUCACAACCAGAUGGGAAACAAAUACAGGGCCUUCCCAGUGCUUCUCAUGUAAGUAAUACCAUGGCUACACAGGUCUUGCCUGCUCCAUCGGCAGCUCCCGGAAGCACAGGACCAGUUCAGGGACCAAGUUCUGGUAAUGCUUCGUCUUCAAGUCACGUCCAGGCCUCUAAUGCUGCUGUAAAAUUGGCAGAAAGCAAAGUAAGUGUUCCAGUGGAGGCCAGCGCAGAUAGCUCCAAGACAGACAAGAAAUUGCAAAUUCAAGAGAAAGCAGCACAGGAGGUAAAAUUGGCUAUUAAGCCCUUUUACCAAAAUAAAGACAUCACCAAGGAAGAGUACAAAGAGAUCGUACGGAAAGCAGUGGACAAAGUUUGUCAUAGUAAGAGUGGAGAAGUCAAUUCUACUAAAGUGGCAAAUCUGGUUAAAGCCUAUGUAGACAAGUACAAAUAUUCACGGAAGGGGAGCCAGAAGAAAGCUCUGGAAGAACCCGUGUCUACUGAAAAAAACAUAGGCUGACAUGGGGAGCCCUGUAAAGGACACUGUCAAGAUAUCUGCAAAGUGCAAUUCAGCGUGUACCCUUACUGAAAAUCAUAUGCAACUGUGAUCAGAUUCUGGUUUUGAUAAAAUUAUUUUUUUUAUUGUAGGAUAUAAUGUUUUGUUUUAAAAAUAGCUGUGCACUGCAACUUCUAUAUCUAACCCCUCCCCCAAAUAAAAUAAAUUCAAGGGAAAAUUAAGGGUGUAAUGGAAUGUGUGUUUUUAUCAGGAAUGUGUUCUAAUGUGGAUACUGAAAGAUGUACAACUUCUUAAAUGGAGUGCAUACAUCUGAAACUGUAGACAUAUCUAUAUAUCUGUGUAUAAUACAUUUAUUCUGUCAGGCUGAAAAGUAACAUAUGAUCUUCAUGACUUCUCCACCUGACUGUAGAAAGUGAAACAAUGUAUUGCAACUAAUAUUUCUGAUAUUCAUAGAAUAUACCAAUUACAGGCCCCUAAUGUAUUUUUGAAGCACAUGUCUGAGUAAAUGCUUAGGUAAAAAGCAGACCAUCAUGAGACUUAGCUUCAAGCCUGCAGGUGCUCCUCUCCUGCUGGCACCAACUCAAGGUCACACUGUGUGUAUUGCUUUUGUGCUCUUUCUCCCACCCAGAAAAAACAAUAGCAGUUUGAUUUGCUGGAUUACAACUUUGCCAGAUCAAAGCUUUGUUGAAUUUAGAAGACCAAUAUGGGAGAAAGCUAGCUUUUAAAAACUUUGUUCUUUCAUUUUAUCUCCUGUCUGUCAGUGAUGGUGAAUUAUUUGUGCCAAUUGGAGACUUGCUCACAGGUAGUGACCUUCCUUUUUUGGGACUAAGAAUACUUGACCUGCUUCUCUGGCUUCAGGCUGUUGGUCAACUGUGCAGUCAUAGUGCGGUUCUUCUCACACUUCAGAAGUUUCCAGUGCUUACAGUGUAGGAAGUGUUAAUCUGGUAAUUGAUAGCCAUGCUACAGAAUUCUAGGUGUUAUUGUGUCUGACAGAAGGAGAGAAAAAUUAAAUAAUGAUGUUCUUGCUUAGGAUAUCAGGGACAAGAGGUUUUGGGUUUUUUAUUUUUAUUUUUUAAAGCAUUAGGGUAUGUUAAUGUUCAUGAAAGGGAAGUUCAGAGUGCUUUGGCACUGUUAUUUUCAUUGCCAUCUAGAAAGAAAAAUUAAUUCUAUGAUAAACUUUGAUUCCACUUAAAAUUUUGAGGACAUUUUUUAUCUGAAAAGAUGUCCCAUAACAUGGUGAUACAUCAAGGUGAACAUAUGCUCUGUGAGGCCUACCACUCCCUGCUCAUGGGGCAGUGUGCUGUGAGUGCAGGUACCUGGCUCUCAGCUCCGCAGAGUGCCUCCUGUCUAGUUUUGGUAGGCAGAACCAUUCUGAGAUUUCAAUCUCAGAGUGAUCACACUAAGUAGAUAAUAAGUUUUCUUAGGUUAUGAUUACAGUCCUAUACAUAUUUCCAAAAAGCUUUGAUCUUCAUUUUUAUAUUUCUGGGCAUUUAUGAUGCAGUAUUUUACAGACAUUUUUAAUUAAUUUGUGUUUAGAUUUUGAUGGCAGAAGAAGUUUGGAGAUAGUUUCAUAUACCAGUGGCACACUGUACUCAUUUCAGUUCAGAAUCCCAUAAACAGGUGUGGAACUCUGAUCCUGCUUUGACAUUUGCUGCAGAUUGCUGUUUCUUUGCUGACUAGUGGUGUGCCGUGUGCUUCCCUGCAUUGUUUCCACUGAUUCCUGGGAAGUAAAAAACACUGUAAAAUCUGUUUAUACAAUUUAGGUCUUGCAAACAUGUUUUAAAGCUUAGAAGAAAAGGUAGGUGAUGUGAUGAGGUGUUAAGGUCUUAUGUCUUUGGGAGACCUCCACUGUUCUUGAAAUUAACAGGUGUGUGUUCCAUAUCUGGUAGGGCACUGGCUAGAACGCUUUAAAAUAGUAAAUGUUUACUAUUCUAAUAUAUUCUAAUACUAGAAUAUAUUCUAACUGGAUUAAAAUACAAACUUUUAAAGAAUGAACUAGAAAAUGCAUGCUUUGAGUUAAGAAAUAACAUUGCUUUUACAUUCUUGGUUUUUCUUUUUUUUCUUACAUUCACAUUAGUUUUGCAUGUGUAUGAUGAAUUUAACACAGUUAAGUUGCAGGUUCCUCUUGAUCAUGACUCAGUAUUGACUUGACCUUUGGAACUGUGGGCCCUUUAACUAGUCACAUUGAUCCAUGUUUCAAGAUGUAGAAAUGCCCAAUAGUAGUUUCUCAUUAUUUUAACAUUCCAAAAGUUUUGUAUUUGUUUGUUGCUGUUCUGGUAACGACCACCACAUCUUCUCCAUUAUCUGCCUUUAAAUAGCCAUGGUGUGUAUUGCUGACUGUUCCAUCCAAAGAAAUGUGGCCUCAGAAGCAUAGUGGCUGCCUAAGUCUUGAGACAUUGCAGUGUGAGUUGCAGUGCUGUCUGCUGAAACAACACUCUAAACUAGAUUGUGGUCUGUAAUAUAUCCUAAUAAAUUCUUUUGCUAAACAAAGUAGUGUCAAAAUUUUAUUAAGUUUUCUGGGAAAUGAUGACUUUUAUAUCAUUUAAGCCAUUUCCAAAUGUGUUGAAUUAUUUCUUGGAUUUUUACCAAAGUAAUGAGUAUCAUGAUUACAUUAAUAGCUAGGCAAUAAAGUCAGAGUUAGCUAUAAGCAUAUAUUUUAAUAGUAGUUUUCCUAAAUAUAAUCACUUUAGGAAAUUUAAAACCUUUAGUAAUUUCUAAACAUAGAAGAGACUGGAAACAAAAGGAAAAAUCAUCUGUAAUUCUACCAAAGUUAACCUCUUUCAAGGCUGGCUACAAUGCACAUUGCUAUGUUAUAAUCCGUUCUUUUCAAUUCAUGUACUGAGAAUAUUCCAUUUUAAUAAAAAUUAAUUUGACAGCA